AUAUACAUACACACCAUUCCUCCCUCUAUAUAUACACAUAGUUCCAUCUGUUAUUACAGAUACUUUCUUCGUUUGAGUUGCAGAAAAUUUCUGAGUUUAAUCACCAAUCUAAUAAGAUGGGGCGAGGAAAACUGCGUAUGGAGCUGAUAAAGAACGAAAAAGUACGUAACGCGGCGUUCGAGAAGAGAAAGAAGGGAAUUGUGAAGGCUGCUAACGAACUCUCGACUCUCUGCGGGGUCCACAUAGGCAUGAUAAUUAACGAGCCUGGACAAAACAGCAACGAGCCCACAAUUUGGCCUGCGAACCGCGAAGUGAUUUCGAAACUGAUCGAUUCGUACAAGUCGAAACCUGCAGGCAACGACUGCAGAUACGGGACCUACAAUUUGCCGGCCUUCUUCAAGAACCAGACCGAGAAAAUCGAGGACGAGGUUAAUAAAUUGAGGAAGAGGACGAGGGAGGUGAAGUACCCGAAGUGGGAUGAAAGGUUGGACACUUGUUCGGAAGAUGAGUUGAAAGAUUUUGCCGGUAAAUUAACGGCCAAGAUUGAAUCUGCUAGGGUGAGGAUUAAUUCGAUCAAGGUCUCGAGAAGCACCGUGUUUGUGAAUCCCUCGGCCGAACAAUUUCAACAGCAGCAGUACUAUGAUGGCAGAUUCAAUAUGGGAAAUCAAAGGAUGAUGAUUAUGAAUAACGGUAAUUACGCGUAUAACAAUACGCAAGAUAAUCGGAUGCCGAACUGGAAUGUUGGUAAUUAUGGGUUUGGCUUUGACGAAAGUCGGGUUCCGAACGGUGGUUUUGAUCCGAAUUUCGGUAAUUAUGGGAUGAUGAGGGUGAAUGGUGGUGCGGGCAAUGUCUUUUACAGUGCCGAGUGUGGGGCCCAUUAUGCCUUACACUAA